AUGAAUUUCACGCUGACGGCUGUGGAGCUGGUGUUGUUCGACCAGCGAGCGACCGGGGUGCUGCUGCACCUCGGGCCUCUCAUCUCCACCUUCCUCGGGCCCUCGCGCUACCUAUCGCUCAGCGAGGCCUGCAGGUUCGCCUCCAUGCGGCUGGUCGAGUGGGCGUGGAGCCUCACGUGGGCGUCGGAGACUGAAGUCACGGGCUGGAGGCUCUCAAACUACCUCCGCUCAGAGCCACGCUACUACCACCGUCAAUUCGAGGAGGCCAUGAUCUUAGCUGCCGAGCGCGGAGACUUGGUGCUUGUCAGGUGGCUUUUCGCCCACUUCUCCAGCAGCAAAGUGACUGUGCAGGUCGUGGAGGCGGCAGCCAAGAACGGGCGCCUGGCUGUCCUGCAUUCCUGCUGGAGCACGACGCCAGGUGAGCACGUAGUCGUCUGGGGAGGAGCGAGCAUCGUGAAAGCUGUUGAACACGGCCAUCCAGAAGUCGCAAGAUGGCUCUACAUGAACGCACCACAUGAGCUGAAUGAUCGAGAGCUUGCAUGUGCGAUCCAGGCUUCUCUGAACAAAGGCCACAUCGGGUUCGCCAACUUCCUUCUACCACCGGGGCAACGCUUUGCGAACUAUGUUGACUUCAUGAGCUCGGCGGCGGACGCGGCUCACCGGCCGCAGAUGAUCGAGAUGGCGCUGGAUGCAGGACUCCUGCGCGAGGAUGAGUGCAAGGCUGCAAAGGCUAUUAGACGCCUGGGGGACACCGGGUGUCUGGAUCUCAUGCAGCGGAUCAUGCUGCUGCACUCCCCUCUUCGACCACCGAGAUCACGCAUUUGUAGCUGGGCAAGAACUUGGCGCACUACCACAAUUGCUGCUUGUAAAGCUGGGAAUAUCGAUGUAAUCAAGUGGCUGGUGGGGCACCCCCUGGCCGCUGAGGGCGCUGUGCGCCAAGCGAAGAAGUACCCGCUAUGGGCGGCAUCUGAAGAGGGUCACUUAGCUGCUAUGGGAUUGGUGGCUGAAGAAGAGCCUUCUGUAUUACUGGAUUCGCUGCGCCGUGCAACGAGGUACGGUCACUUGGAUGCAAUGAAGUGGUUGAUGGAGCGUUGCCCGUCCAGUUAUCGAGAGCACGAAGAGUCUAUUCUGAUGGAACAUGGACAUUUGGCGGUUGUGGAGUAUCUCACCAGUUUGAAAGCACCGCCAAUGUCGACCCCCAAACUAAUGGAUCAAGCCGCUAGGUGCGGCCAUUUGAGCACUGAAAUGGCUGCACAGUCGUUGGGCGUGCUGUUGCUCGACCAAAGCCAUGGAUGA